UCGGUCGCUCACUUAUUUGUUUCUGUCCGGCCAUUCGUUUCGUUUUUGUACUAAUUUUUUUUGUGCUCACAGCGCUCGUUGUUCUUCUUCGUUAGCAAGUGAUUCUUUUAGUUUCUUAUAUCUGUUAAAUAUGCAUUGUUGAAUUUGUUAUUGUUAUUAUUGUUGUUAGUUACCUAUUGCUAUUGAGAGUGCUUUGUUUUUCGUUUGCUGAUUGUUGUUGUUAUUGCUUCCGAUUUGUGUAUUUGAAUUGUUCACUUAUUUCGUGUAACGGGCUUCGGUGGAACUUGCCGCGAGGUACGUGAGAGACGCGUUACGUGUUCUUUCGAGCAGCCACUUGACUUCAUUACUUCGCCAACCCUGGCAGGAGUUGCUGCACCAUACGUUUAGAUUGGUAAUUGCAGCGACCUACUACCGUAAAUGGCUGAAACUAUAAGUGCAGCCGCCGGUAUGGAGAUGACAUUAAAGGACAGCGGGAUAAUUGAUAUGACACCCGGGAGUUUGUUGCAACAUAGUGCGUUAGUCAAGCAUACACAUGCGCUACGUAGCUUGAAGGAAUGCAGCGCAGAUGAACAGCCAGUGGCCUUGGAUAGUACGGCACGCGCAAAUAGUACCCCGCCAACGAAUUACUCCACAUCCACAAGCACACCGAAUCCGCCCGCUAUGGCGACGUUUCGAUGCGAACGUUGCGACCAUUUCGAGACUACUUCUAGGGCAUCGCUACUACUACAUGUCGUCCAGUGUUUGUCUAAUCAUGCGCGGCUCAAAACCGAAGAGCCUGACUUGGAGAAUCUGAGUGUUGUCGGUUCGGUGAUGCCCCAUGCAGACCAAAAUGCGGGCAAUAGCAACGAUGUAACGAAAUUGGUACCGGAUACGGCAACGGUAAAUAAUGUGCCCACAAAUAUGUCGGUGGUUGCAACGAAUGGCAAUGCCAGCAGUCCAACUGCAUCAUCGUCUUCGUCGUCCUCAUCCCGCAAAGUUUUCGAAUGUGAUGUUUGCAAUAUGAAAUUCUCGAAUGGCGCUAAUAUGAGACGGCACAAAAUGCGCCACACUGGUGUCAAGCCUUACGAAUGCCGCGUCUGCCAAAAGAGAUUUUUCCGCAAAGACCAUUUGGCAGAACAUUUUACAACGCACACGAAAACUCUUCCAUACCACUGUCCCAUAUGUAACCGUGGCUUCCAGCGCCAAAUCGCUAUGCGCGCACAUUUCCAAAACGAGCAUGUCGGCCAACACGACCUCGUUAAAACCUGUCCACUGUGUAGCUAUAGAGCAGGUUCUAUGAAAUCGCUAAGGAUUCACUUUUUCAACAGACAUGGUAUAGACCUUGAUAAUCCCGGACCGGGUGGUUCCUCAUCCUUACUGCUCGCCUUGGAGUCGCAAGCAUCACAAGUAGCAGCUGCCGCAGCCGCUGCCAGUUUCGUACCGGGCCUGAAUGUCGUGGCUGCAGCUGCUGCUGCGGCAAGCCAGAAUGCAAACUCGAGCAUGACGACGACCCAUCAGAGCGAUAGCGGCGAGUCGAUGCGUUCGCUGGAGAAUGCCACACCGCCCAUGCACUUUUUGACUCCACAUGUGGAAAUUUCAACGCUGUCCGACAAUGGAACCGAUUUGUUCAAUGUAACAUGGAAUGCGUUGCUAAAUUGCAAAUUGGGGAAAUCCACUGAUGCGGCGUUUUUAUGUGCAUUUGAUUUGCAGGGGAACGCCAAUACCGCAACCGGGGUGGAACUGAUGGAGACGAAGAGCGGCGGUCGAGGCGAGCGGGAUGCAGUCAUUGGAAAUAAGUCACCAGCGCCACCACCACCGCAAGAACAUCCGAUCGAUUGCAAUACCAAAUCGUUGCCUUCAAGCACCAGUCAUGUCGGUGUGCAGUUGAAUGCUUGCCCUUCACCAAAAACCCAUCACCACGAGAACCACAUCACACCAUCCAUCAGUUUGAUACCAAUCAAGCAGGCGAGUGAACCAGUAGGGGAGGAUUUAUCAACGGAUGCUAAUAAGAGCGGCACAAAAAUUAGCCCAACCACACAAUGCGAUCAAAUGAAUGGUGGUGACAGCAGUGAAUCGGAAUUCUCGUCUCCAAACGGCAGAUUAACUUCGUUAAUUAAGGUAUCCCCACUGAAGUCGUUGUUAAGAGAGGAUCUCAAACGACGCAUUUGCGCCAAGGCUAAUAAUCGCAUCACCCGUAAUGCGGCUGUAUUGGACAACAACAAUGUCGUGCAAACAGGCGGCGUCACCGGCACCACAAGCAACAGCUCCUCCUGCAAUUCCACCCCUAUAUGCAACGGCACGAUCACCUCAACCGGCCAAGAGACCGAACCAAACCUGCUAAACCGCAAGCAAAUACUCACUUGUUUAUUCUGCGGCAUCGAGUUCCCGGACGAGACACUGUACUUCCUGCACAAGGGCUGCCACUGCGAGAGCAAUCCAUGGAAGUGCAACAUAUGUGGCGAACAGUGCAACAACGUCUACGAAUUCAAUUCGCAUUUGUUGAGCAAAAGCCACCAAUAGCAACCAAUGAGCCUUGCAAACGCGGCCAAUAUCAACAAUCAAAAGUAGAUAGCUACAAGCACGGCGGCAUUUCGGAAACGAUAACAGUUGUCCAUAAAGCAGGCAAUGAAGGACUCGUUGAACGAGCUUUUUAUAGUGAGACAAAUAAUCUACAGCUAGAGGCAUAUUGAUGGGGAAGGCUCCACAAGUAUGUGGGUGUAAAUAUAUAAGACAGUUUAGUGUUUUGUUUUAGGAAAAUCAGGCAAGCGGUUCGCUGUAUAACAGUGGCUGCUACAGGCCAGAGUCGUAGAGAUAGUAGAAGCGAAAAGUAAUGGAAACUGAAGUCACGAGAUGCAAAAGUGUGUGAUAGUCGAUUGUAACUGAAAGCAAGAACAAAUCAAAAUUAAAAACAUAAAAUAGUACAUUUUCUGAAAUAUUUAUGCAAAUUAUCAUGUUUAACGUACAACUUUCUUAAUUACAUACAAAUGAGUAAGUUAGAUAAUGACGAGUAUUCGUCAAAGCAAAUCGUUAAUCCUUUGCGCACGCGUAGAAGCAGUGAAGUCAAGAAAAUGCUGUGAAUGCAGAUGAAUAGGUCUCUAUUAGAAGUGCUGAAGACAGAGAAAGUACCAAAACACAUGACACCUUUAAUAGGCAAACGAUUUUUUAGAAAUGCAUUUAGAGCUUUAUCCGCCCCAAAUUAAACACAUGAUGUUAUUAAAUACAUAUAUUGUAUAUUAAUUAAAUUAGAGAAGAGCAUUAAGUAAAGCCAAUGGUAGCUUUUGAUAGGCCGAGGGAAAUCUUUCUUAGCACAUGAACGGUCGCCGAGAAAUCGUAGUGUUCUGAUAAAAUCAGUAAAAAAUUAUUAACAAAAAAAUAAUAUAGAUGCAGUGUUGCUGUAUCGGUGUGCUAUGAAAAAUUUCCGUUUGCUUGCGAGGAGUCACUCAAUAAUUUAACUAUUAGUGCUGGUCAAAUUUUUGCAAUGUACCUUCAACGUAUGUAUGUAAUUUUAAAUGAAUUGUUAUAAAACAUAUAUUAGUUGUAAGUAAUCGAAAA